CCGUUUCUCAAACCCAUCGAUCCCAUAUUCUCUGCCAUCAAAUUAAAAGGUUGUGUAAUUGUGUGCAUGCAAAAUGGCGAUGGAAUGCAUGACGACCCCAUCACCAUCACUGGAAGAGUACAAAGCCGAUAAUGGGGCUUUGGGAGGGUCCACCGAGUUCAAGGCCGAGUCAGUGACGCCAGAGAAUUUCAUAUGGCCGGACGAGUUCAAGGCGCAGGACUCACUCCCGGAGCUCCAUGUCCCACAUAUCGACAUCAAGAAGUUAUUAUCUGGAGACGAAGGUGGCGCUGAGGAGGCCAUGCGGCUCGUGGACGAGGCGUGUAGAAAGCAUGGCUUCUUCGUGGUGGUCAACCAUGGCGUGGACAUGGGAAUCAUGAAAGAUCUCCAUAAGUGCAUGGACGAGUUCUUUGAAUUGCCUCUCGACCAGAAGCAGAAGGCUCACAGGAAGCUCGGAGAUUCCUAUGGGUACACUAGCAGCUACAUUGGCAGAUUCUCCGACAAACUUCCAUGGAAGGAGACCUUCUCCGUUUGCUAUCUUUCUCAUAAAGAUCACUCCUCUCUUGUGCAUGACUACGUUCGCGACACUCUUGGCCAAGAAUUCUCCCACCAUGGGAAGGUGUAUCAAGAGUGCUGCAAAGCAAUGGCGGAGCUGAGUUUGGAGGUGGUGGAGCUUUUGGGGAUGAGCCUUGGCCUGGGAAGAGAAGAGUUCAAGAAAUUGUACGAGGAUCAUGAUUCAAUAAUGAGGCUUAACUAUUACCCAACAUGCGAGAAUCCAGAGCUGACGUUGGGGACAGGGCCUCACUGCGAUCCCACCUCCAUAACCAUCCUUCACCAAGACCAUGUGAGCGGCCUUCAAGUCCACGUCGAUGAUCAGUGGUACUCAAUCCCUCCCACCCCCGAUUCCUUUGUCGUCAACAUCGGUGACACUUUCAUGGCUCUGACGAAUGGGGUGUACAAGAGCUGCUUCCACCGAGCAGUGGUGAACUGCAAAGAAGUAAGAAAAUCAGUGGCCUUCUUUCUGUGUCCGGGGGCGGAGAAAUUGGUGAGGGCGCCGGAGCAGCUGGUGGAGAAGAAUCCUCCGAGGAAGUUUCCAGAUUUCACAUGGCCGAUGCUGCAUGAACUCACUCAGAAGUUUUACAGGGCAGACUCCAACACUUUGAAAGCCUUCACUACUUGGCUUCAACAGCAAAAAUUAGGCGCUGCCUCCACUAAUAAUGAUAAUAAUUAAUAAUAAUGUCCCCCUUCUUUAAUUUGUACCUCAACAGCCCUACCACCUCUAUGUGGCAGCUCUCCUUUUGGUUUAGUUUAUUUAUGUGUCAAUAAGUUUCAGAGUUUUAUUUUCUAGAGAAAAAAGAAGAAGAAGAUCGUGUAGUGUUUCUCUUUAUGUUGUUUGGACGCUGGCCAUCAGAAAAGUUUAAUAAAUAUUAAAUACCCAUGUACAAA